CUCGCACAAACCAAUCUCUGAAAUCCUUCGUUUACCAUUUCUGAAACCCUAGCUCUCUCCCAAUGGCUCGUACCAAGCAGACUGCUCGCAAGUCCACCGGAGGCAAGGCUCCGAGGAAGCAACUGGCCACAAAGGCGGCCCGGAAGUCCGCUCCGGCCACCGGCGGAGUGAAGAAGCCCCACAGGUUCCGCCCCGGGACCGUGGCUCUCCGUGAGAUCCGAAAGUACCAGAAGAGUACGGAGCUCCUUAUCCGAAAACUCCCUUUCCAGCGCCUGGUCCGUGAGAUCGCCCAAGACUUCAAGACCGACCUGCGUUUUCAGAGUUCGGCCGUGGCGGCUCUCCAAGAGGCGGCGGAGGCGUAUCUGGUGGGACUCUUCGAGGACACCAACCUUUGCGCCAUCCACGCCAAGCGGGUCACCAUAAUGCCAAAGGAUAUCCAGCUCGCUAGGAGGAUCAGGGGUGAGCGUGCUUAAAUUGAAAAGGAAUUUUGUAUAGAUAUGAAAAUUAAGCGUUUGGGAAAGGAUAUCCAGCUCCACAUGUGUUAGAUUAUGUUGCUUUCUUUGCUUACUGCUAAGAUUGUAUUGUAUUCACUUUCCCAAUGGAAAUUAAGGGUUGCUUCCUUUUGUUUCAGAAUUGUGAUUAAUCUCCGUGCUCUGUGUUUUUUGAUAUUCUUAGAUUGGAUAGGCAAUUGGUACAAAUCGUAUGACAUCGUACCUCAUGAACGGAUGAGGGCUAUUAGCUACUAUUGUAUGAGUUAAGCCCUAUGGUUAAAGAGAUUUAUUUUUAUAUUUGGCCUUUGAUU